AUCCCACAGAUUAGCAAUUGAAGCUCAGGCUUUGGAUGCCCCUCAUUCAACCUGAGGCAAAUCGGAGUAACCUAUCACUAGACCAAGGAUAGGAAAUAGAAAGUUACCAGUUUUUCAUAUUAAUGUAAUGUUGACAUAGACGACUUGUAUCUAUUACGGUUUUUUAUUAUUUGACGAAAAUAAUUACAUAGCCGACUAACUAGGGAUAGGCCUAUAACCUAUCCGUUUCUCUCGUCCAAAUGAGACUGUAGCAGGUUUAAUGCGCUACUACACUACAUCACUGGACGUUUUUAAAAUGAGAUCGUUGGUAUUCAUAGAGAUUCGUUUUUGUACUUGAAACUGAAUUUGAAUGAUGUUCAACAGUAGGGCCUAAACCAACUAGAACGUCGUGUUGGCUGGGUAACUAACAUUAGGGUUGAGUUUAAAUUAGCCGGCAUGGUUUGUGAGUAGAGGGAAUUGUACGGUAGCCUAUUUAUUCACCAGAACCACGGAGGUCUCUUCGUGUCAAAAUGAGAAAAGUUGUUCUAAAAGAAGCCGUUAAACGUUUUCCUUGGCUUGCUAACGUUACCCUUUAUGGAUGUUUAUUUGCCGGUGGGGAUUUAGUGCAUCAACUCAUGGCGCAGAAAGAGCAGAUGGAUUGGAAACACACUCAAAAUGUGGCUAUCGUUGCAAUAAGCUUCCACGGCAACUUCAACUACUUUUGGUUACGAGCGUUGGAACAACGUUUUCCAGGAAAAUCAGCCGGCAUGGUUCUACGCAAACUGCUUCUGGACCAAAGUUUUGCGUCGCCAUUGGCGACAAGCGUCUUCUACACAGGUGCGAGUCUUCUGGAGGGCAAAGAUGAUGUCUUUGAGGACUGGAGGGAGAAGUUCUUCAACACGUGGAAGACUGGACUCAUGUAUUGGCCUUUCAUGCAGUUACUGAACUUUGUGCUAUUGCCACUGUACCUGCGGACGGCAUUCAUGGGCUGCUGUGCAUUCCUCUGGGCCACCUUCCUGUGCUUCUCCCGCCAGAGCGGUGACGGCACAGCGACCAUGGCCCUGGCUUUCGUCCUGGACCCCCGCAAGACCCUGGAGGCGCUACGUGAGGCCCGCCUCGCCCACCGGAAACAGAAGUCUGAGCAGAGCAAAAACUGACUUUUGUUUGUUGUUGUUGUUGGAGCUUAUUGUGCCCACCAUUACAUGUAUACAAACUGACCCAAUUUUCUGUACAGAAUGAACAGAUAUGCUGGUGUAAUACAGUUGGAUAAACCAUUGUGAACUGUAUACAAUAUAUGAGUUGUCAGUACAAACAUA